AUGAUUCAGACGGUAGAGGACGUCUUCCCACGCGAAGGGGAUGGGUGGAACCUGAUUAAGGUCCACCUUCUCACACACGUGCCCGAAUCGAUCAGGAGGGGUGGACUCCCGCAGGAGUUCUCGUCGGCCGUGUACGAGAACGCGUACAUCCGCACGUGCAAGCUGCCAUACAUAACAUCUAACCACCGCCAGCCACUGCAGGCCAUUGCCGCCUACAACGUGCGCGCCUCUGCGAUGGCGCAGCUGACCUCUGCUCUCCCAGCCCGCAGGCACAACCAGACCGCGCUGACCCGGGCGCACACGGCCGUGGCUCUGCCGGCCUUCCCCACUGAUUAUGGGUACAUCAGGCCCCACUACGCCCGUGCCGCUACAUCUCUGCAUGGCGACACGGCCUUCUCAUGCGUGGAGUACCUGUCUUCCGCUAGACAUACCGUGUACGGACGACUAAUCCUGCUGUUGGAUGCAGAGCGACCGCUGGAUAGCAGCAACUAUGAGCCGGCAGAGGUGGCUGUGCUGCAGAGGCUGACCCAACAGGGGUGUGAUGAGUGCACGGGCUGUCAGGUGCUCGGCCCGCCUGGGCUGUUUCGCGGGCUCGUUGUCGUCCCCAUUGACAGGCUCAAGCGCGCUGUCCACUGCGUCCCAUCAUUCGAAGAGAAGGACGUGUGGUUCCUGAACAAGUGGGCGUACCUGGUGAACCAGGAACUGAACUAG